AUGUUACUUGAGCGAUACUGCGUUUGCCGCGGGCAUGAGCAAAGUACUGUGACACCGCAAAAUACUCAGUACCUGGUGUACGCCCAUAAUCCGGGCGGAUUCGAUUUCAAAAGUUCCGGAGCCGUGAACGCCGAGAACACGUGCGGCGACUCCGUGUCCACCGUCAGAGAGACGCUGAUUGUGAACAUCAUCAAUACGGCACCGUUGAUUACUAAUCCUUGUGGUUCCAGUGACGUCGACGAGGACGUCAGCGGAACGUUGACGUUAAAGACGUUGGAUUUUGUUACUUUCGAUAAGUCUGAUGCCACCUGCUCAAUGACGAGCGCUGACGGAGGACCAUUCGCCGUCACUGGCAACCAAAUCGUAAAGACGGCUGGAGCUCUGGACUUUGAGACAAAGGCAACGUAUAAUCUUGACGUCACGUGCACUGACGACCUUCUUCAAACCACGGCCUUACGUCGUCAAAGUCUAAAACGUCGGUCCAAAGAUAACGAGUUUGCCGACGGCGUCUACUCUGGACGAGUGGCAGACUGCGGAAAAGCUACUCACGACGUUGACGUUAGCGGAGGACGCGGCUGACUGCGUUUAAACGUCACCGACGUAUAACGAGUUUAACGUCAAAUACGAGCCCGCCACAAAAGUUUUAAAACAUAUGGGUGAUAUACUACGUCAGCGAGGCGGUUGCGGGGCGGUCGCUUAGCUACGACACGAACCCCUUUUACAACCUGCACAUUGAGUACAGCGACGCCGCAGGGGUCAAAGGGGCGGAGAAGAUUUUCACCGUCCAUAUUAACGAUAACAGAGCACCGACGAGCGACAAC